AUGCUCAUCGAGCAGAGGGCCGUGCGCGUCAGCCUUCCGAAAGUAAACCUCUACAAGCCUGACCCGUUCAUGGAAAAUGGAGCGAAUGAUCAUGGACACCUGGGGCCUGAAGACCAUCCCAAGACUACUGAAGCACCAGCCGUCGCUGCUGAUACGGCCGAAGUGCUCGAUGAGGAGGCUAUCCUCAUUGGCAUCUUCAGGAGGGCUCUCCUCGACCAUGGGGACAAGCGCCCUUGUGUCCAGCAUACAACUAUCCGAGAUCUAGAUCAUACCGGGUCCACAUCAUUCUUUGGUGUUUAUGAUGGCCAUGGAGGAGCUAAUGUUGCACUGUAUUGUGCGAACCGAUUUCAUACUGAGCUUCUACGAGAUGAAGAUUACCAGAACAAUCUGGAUGGUGCAGUGCGGCACGUGUUCUUCAGAAUGGAUGAGCAGCUGAGAGAAUAUGAUGAAUGGAGAGCGUUAGCUAGACCCCGCCGCCGCCGUUUUAGUUUCAAUUUGCUAAAUUGUCUCAGGGCUGCUACUUGGGCUAAGGAAUCACAUGGAUUAUGGAGAAUCAAGGGAAUCCCUUACUCUGAAGGAAGCACAGCCUCUGUGGCUCUCAUUAGAGGAAACCAAAUCAUUGUUGGAAGUGUUGGUGAUUCUCGCUGUGUACUCUCAAGGAAUGGUCAGGCAAUGGAUUUAUCCACCGAUCACAAACCAAACCUUCCGGAUGAAUGUCGGAGAAUUCAAACUGCUGGAGGACGAGUAACCAGGGAUACGCGACGUGUUUGGUGUGCAGGACAGGAAAGAGUACAGUUGGGAAGCUAUCGUGUUAAUGGGCUCCUAGCCAUGUCUAGAUCUAUUGGUGAUUUUGUCUUGAAAUCGAACGGUUUGUCUGCUACAGAACAGAUGGUGACAUGUAAUCCUGAUGUUCGCACUGCGGACAUAACUGAUGAUACUGAGUUUCUUCUUAUAGCAAGUGACGGCAUCUGGGAUAUCUUGUCAAGUCAGGGCGCGGUGGAUUUUGUACACCAGAAGUUAGCAAGCGGGACAACAGAUCUGCGUACCAUUUGUGAGGGGCUUCUUAGCCAUUGCUUCAGGUCGAGGGACAACUCAACCGUGAUACUGGUUCAGUUCAAGCCUGCCGCCAGGAUUCCUCUUGCUCCUCCGGCCAGCGCCGCGCCAGUGGUUAACCCAAGUGCCACUGAAACUUCCAGUGCCGCCAAUCCUGACGCUAGUGCUGAAGCCAAGGCUGACUCCGGCAGAGAGAUCGAGGAACUUGAAGGACCGCUCCUGCCUCUGUCAACAUUUCAUCAAAUAAGCAGUCGGGUGCAGCCGUGCAGGGAGAUUAAACUAUGCGGCCAGUGCAGUGCAUGCAGAAGCUGUUGCUGUGUUCUGAAGCUAUACAAGCGGCAGCUCCAUGGGGGCAUGGGACAGGUCCAGCUCAAGACUGACCCGCUCAUCCUCGCCAAGGCACUACAAAGUACAGAAUACGACCGUGCACCUGAAGGAGUUCUCUUCCGUGACAUGCGUACCUUCUUACGCUUGAACUUCAUUUCUUUUUAA